UAAGAUAUUUUUUCACAUUUAAAUGAGUUAAGUUUAUGUUAUUCACAUUUAAAUUAAGUAAUUAAUUUGGUUUUUUGUCUUUUCAGAAUUACCAAAAACUCAAGACAAAGAAACAAUCACCGACCCUAUCAUAACUGUAGAAAAAGCUGUUCAAGCAACAAAAAAAGUGAAUACGCAUUUUAGGAGCAAGGCUGUGCAAACUAGAUGCCAAAAUAAAAGUAUUUCUACCUCACCAUGGAAAGUUUCUACAAUAUCUCAUUUAUCUUCACCAAUUAAUAUUAAACCAUGCCAUCUUCAACCAUUACAGUCAGAGGUUGUUAAAGCAGUUAAGAGAAAUAUUUUCCUUGCAGAUGAAAAAUCUGAUAGUGAUAUUUCUUGUUUUGAAAGUGGUCUUUUAUCACCUUUUGGAGCUACAUCAGUAAAGGUUACUGACUCUGAUAGUAAUGUUACAGAUACCAAUGAGAAUAUUGAAAAAUUACAGUGCCUCAAAAAUACUUUGCGUUUAAUUGAAAAGAAACCAUUGAUGUAUAUUGGUAUUUCCAAAGAAUGUUAUUUUUUAAUUGAGUUGUUGCAUAGACACACAAAUAUAAAUAGAGAACAUAUUUUGCUAUGCUUGAAAAAAAAUAGAUUAAACAGCACAUUUUCUGAACUCGAGGAUAAUUUUGGUAUAUCAUUAUCUUAUGCCAGUAAAUUAUUUUUAAGAAACUUACCAAUAAUAAGUAGUUUUUUAAAACCAUUCAUUGUAAACUUAGACAAAAAUUUAAUAAAAAGGAAUCUUCCUAUUGCAUUUAGACAUAACUAUCAUAAUGUAAGCUGCAUCAUCGAUUGUCUAGAAAUUGAUAUACAAAAACCAUCAAAGGCUCUUCAUCAGGCUCUGACAUGGUCAGAGUACAAAAAGGGGAAUACUGUGAAGUAUUUAAUAUCAUGCACACCUAAUGGUUUGGUUAAUUAUGUUUCUCAAGGGUUUGGGGGUAGAGCAAGUGAUGUUACCAUAGUAGAGAACUGUAACUUUCUAGAUGGAUUACAACAGGGAACUUGCAUCUUAGCUGACAGAGGCUUCAAGCACCUUGAACAGAUACUUCAUGAAAAGGGCAUAAAACUAUUAAGGCCACCCAGUGUAAAUGCUGGUGCAAAGUUAUCAAAAACUGAAGUUCGACAAACUAAAAUAAUCGCUAGCUUGCGAAUUCAUAUUGAAAGGGUAAUUAGGCGAGUAAGAGAAUUCCAUAUGCUAAAGCAACAUUCAGUGAUAAAUACUAACAUAUGUCGUGUACUUGAUCAUGUCAUUAUUAUUGCAUGUGCUCUAAUAAAUUUGCAGGAUUCUCUUAUUAAAUAAUGUGAAAUCAUAAAUAAUAAAACAAGAAAUACAUCAUGAUUUUUAUCGGCUGAUAUUGAAGCUAUAUUUGUUUUGCAAAAGAGAGCCAUACGGGCGAUUUAUAACCUAAAUUGUAAAGAGUCCCUCAGAGAAAAAUUUAAAGAAAUAAGCAUAUUAACUUUGGCAUCGCAAUAUAUUUAUGAGAAUGUAAUGUAUGUGCAUAAAAACAUAAAUAGCUUUAAUAAGAAUAAGGAUGUGCAUACUUUAAAUACUAGGAACAAACAUAAGCUUGUAAUGCCAGUAACUAGACUCCACAGAAUCAGUAAUUCAUUUAUGGGGCAAUGUAUACGCUUUUACAACAAAAUCCCAGAACAUAUUCAAAGUUUGUCAAUAAACAAGUUUAAAAGUUUUAUUAAAGAAAAACUGUACAAAAAGGGUUAUUAUAAUAUCAAGGAAUACAUGAAUGAAAAUAACCCCUGGGAAUAGGGUGAUCGCCACCAUGCUGGUUCUAUGAAAAAUCAUUUAAAAAUUGUAUAAAUAAAUUAUUUUUAAGUGAAAUUAUGUUUAAAAAAAAAGUCCCGCUGGGUUUCUUGCUGGUUCUUCCCAGGACUGAGGUAUUUUCCGAACCAGUGGUAAAUAAAAAAUUACUUUCAAUAAGUAUUAUGUAAUAAUCAAUAUUGAAUAAAAAAUUAUUUUAUUCUAUU